AGAGAGAGAGAGAGAGAGAGAGAGAGAGGUGUAGAACAGUAUAAAAGCAGGACUCAGACUCGGACUCUGAACUUCGUGAGAGAAACUGAUCAGAUUGAAAAUCUGCCGAUGAUCAGAUCCAGAUGUUUCUCACGAUGACAUCACAGACGUGCGGAUGAUGGACAGGUCGGACAUGUGAGUCGAUGAGACGGUGAACAAGAGAAGAAGAAGAAGAAGAAGAUGAAGAAGAGGAGGCUGAGAUGCGUCGUCUGACGCGCGGGGGAUGGAGCCGCUCGUUUCCCGGGUCCACACCAGGCGAGGGAGCGCGCGCGGUGCGUGAACAUCUGCGCGUCGCGCUCGAUGUCCGGCGGCUCUGACUCUGACGCGCGGCCGGCGGAGGGAUGGAGAGCGCCAGUCCGCUCGGACCGACGCCCGCCAUCUACGGGGAGCUGUUGAACAUCUCCGCCACCGGCGGCGGCGGCGACACGCACGUCAACUUCACGUCCAAGGCGGAGGCGAAGGACACGAGCGUGGCGUUCCAGGCGGGUCUGGCCGUGACCUUAGCCCUCAUCACGUUGGCCACGACGCUCUCGAACGCGUUCGUCAUCGCCACCAUCUACCAGUCGCGGAAGCUGCACACCCCGGCGAACUUUCUGAUCGCCUCGCUGGCGCUCACGGACCUGCUGGUGUCCAUCCUGGUGAUGCCCGUCAGCGCGCUGUACACCGUGAGCCAGACGUGGACGCUGGGGCAGGUGGUGUGCGACAUCUGGCUCUCGUCGGACAUCACCUGCUGCACCGCGUCCAUCCUGCACCUGUGCGUAAUUGCGCUGGACCGCUACUGGGCCAUCACGGACGCGGUGGAGUACUCCAAGAAGCGCACGCCGCGGCGCGCAGCCGGCAUGAUCGCCACCGCCUGGGUGAUCGCCAUCUCCAUCUCGCUGCCGCCGUUCUUCUGGCGCCAGGUGAAGGCGGAGGAGGUGACGACCUGCAACGUGAACACCGACCACAUCUUCUACACCAUCUACUCCACGUUCGGCGCCUUCUACAUCCCCACGCUGCUGCUCAUCGCGCUGUACGGGCGGAUCUACGUGGAGGCGCGGAAGCGCAUCCUGAAGCAGUCGAGCAACAAGCCGGGGAAGCGGCUCACCUCGGCGCACCUGAUCACCGACUCCCCCGGCUCCGUGGCGUCCACCACCUCGCUGAACUACGGCACGAACGACACCUCCUCCUGCUGCGACACUACCUCCUCGCCGGCGAACGCGAGCCAAGUCAAAGUGACCGUGUCCGACGCGCUGCUGGAGAAGAAGCGCAUCUCCGCCGCGCGCGAGAGGAAGGCGACCAAAACUCUGGGCAUCAUCCUCGGAGCCUACAUCAUGUGCUGGCUGCCGUUCUUCAUCUACACCCUCCUAGUGCCUGUGUGCGCGUCCUGCUUCCACCCGGAGCUGUUCGACAUCUUCACGUGGCUCGGUUACCUCAACUCCCUGAUCAACCCCAUCAUCUACACCAUGUCCAACGAGGACUUCAAGCGGGCGUUCCACAAACUGAUACGGUUCAGAUGCUGCAGGGCAUGAAGACGAGAACCCCCCCCCCCCCCCCCCCACACACACACACAAUCAUCUGUAAAUGCCAGAAUUGAACCAAACCCAUCAUCAGCCUCAGAUGUUUCCCUCCACAGGUUUUUCUCUGUGGCCUUCACCUGGAGUGAUGGUGAUGAUGAUGAUGAUGAUGAUGAUGCAGCGUCUGCGGUGUUCUAUCUGAUGGAGGUGAACAUCUUUCAUUUCCUGAGCCGGUGGAAUGUCUUUUACACACACACCAGUGGGUGUCAUGGUGUGGAAGCUGCUCUACAGCUGAUUGUGUUAUUAUCUUGACUUGGAGAAAGCCCAUAGCCCCUGGAUGAAGGGCCCCCCCACCCCCUGACCCCCUGACCCCCGUGACCCCCCUGACUCACUUUACCACAUGAGUUUGACAGUCAACAUCCGUUGGCCCGUAAAGCACAAACAGCUCAUAAGGACUAUGAGCUCCCCAUGAGCCCCACGGGCAAAACAAAGAGUCAGAUUUGUGUUUCACGUUCCGAGUGGACGAGAGGAAACACUGGUGCCUACAUCAUCUUCAGGACGUUUUCCUGGUCACAAAGUGUGAUUUCAGUUUGAGGAAAGGAAACAAACAAAACAAAGAUGAACAUUUGUUUUGUGUCUGAGUUUUUCUUUUCUCUUCUCUUCUUGAGCGUCGAUGUACCAAAUCUGUACCUUGUGUGAUUCUUACCUUCAUCUGCCGAGAGAGUCUGGAUGUGUAGGAGGACCAACACUGACAAAGUUAAAGACUACAUUAAUUCAUCAAUAUGCAGUUGAAAUGCACAAAAUAAAUAUUCAAAAUACAUUUGUAACAAAUAUGAUCUGAUAUUUCUAUUACAACUUGAUUCCCCCAAAUUGAUUCACUCUCCACUCUAAUUAAGUCAUGCAAUUUUACUUUGGAAUUAUUUUAUUAUUCUUAUUUUUAUUUGGGUAUUAAAUAAAUACAUUUAAAAAUGAAUAAACUGAUUUUUUUAAAUUUAAGAUUAAAUGGAAAAGUAAACAAAUAGUGGAACUUAUACAAAUACGAGUUAAAACUGAAAUUAAGUUGGAUUUUAUAAAUCAAUUAAUGCGUGUAAUGUUAUUUAUUCAGUAGUUAUUUAUUUUUAAUUUUUGGCAGUUUUGGUCUUCCAUACACUGGCUGCACUAAAACAAUGCUGAUUGAUUGACUCUGAAAGAGGGAGGAGCCUGUAGCCGCUUCGCUACUGAUGCAUUGUUGAUUGUUAAUAUUAGCUUCGAUGUACCAGAUCACAUCGAACUGGGCGGAUGGAACAGCGUUCCCACUGUCGUCUGUUGGAAUGUGUCAUCCACACGUGGAAAAGUUGUUGAAGAUGAUAUUUGUUUUCUUCCAAAUGUUCCAAAAUGUCACGUCUUUCAGAUCAAAAUCUCUUUCUUCUACCAAACAUCCACAUGUAAAAUGUCAAGCGGCAGCAGCUGAGCCCUUCGAAAAGUCAAACCGCUCAGAAAAAGAUAAGUAACUGUAACGAUGACGACGACAACAACAACAAAGCUCUGGAGAUGGAGCUCCUGUGUCUCAUGUUUCUGGGGAUCUUCAGGGAUUUGACAUCAUGUUCUACAAGAGUUUUUUUGGAAUUAGAUUAGCAGGAUUUACAAGCAGCAUCACUUUGAAUCAGCACACGGAGGUAAACGUUGACAGGAAACAAUAUUUAAAAUGUUAAUUUGAAAUCAAGCAAAUUAAGUAAAGUAAAGUAAUUAGCUGCUGAGCAUAUUGUAAUGCAGGGAAUUGUUGUUUUUAUUCUAAAUUAAUCUGAUCUUUGAGAAACUCGUCAAUCAUGGUGAAAACUUGGGGUCUGGUACAUGGGCGUGGCUAAACGGCGCAACCACGCCCCUUAAAACACCAUGUCACACGCUUCACCUCGAUGCAUGAAAAUCUGGCGGCACGUUUCCUGCCAGAUGCAACGAAAAGCCUCACGCAACAGGAAGUCAGCCAUUUUGAAUUUAAAUGUCAUUUUUGAGGAUUUUACAGCCUCGGUGAAUUAAUGAAUUCUCCUCCUACACAAUGAAGUUGUUGUAUUUUUGAGUGUACAUGUUCAGAUCUUCCCCUGAAAACACACGUUUGAUAAAAGUCCCGGCCCGACAACACCUCUGUGAUAAUAAUCAGCCAUAGUCAUAGCGCCACCUAGUGGACACAGGAAAUGACACUUGUUUUUGUUUUUCUGCUGGCUUGUGAAAUGUAUUGUUGUAGACGACAGUGUUGCAUUGGGGAAGUUUGACAGAAUUUUCUGAAAUCCCGCCUCCAGCCCUGCACGUGUUCUGCAGUAAUUUAAGACGUGAGCUCGGACACAUGAAGGAACCCUGUCUGAUGAAAUGUGAAGGAAUAUUUUCUUUUACAGAUACACAGAUUUUUUUCUCUCUCUUGCUGAGAGUCAGGCGCGACUAUUGACACCACCCGGGUUAUACUUCCUGCUCAAAGUCUGGACGGAGGUUCAGGAGUGUGAUGCUAGUUGCUGCCAAUGUAGCUGCUAAUGUAGCUGCCAAUGUAGCCUGCAGCACCGACGAGCUCUGGUGAACUCACCUCAUCCCCUUGGAGCGAUGACUGGAUGUAAAAGAUGGACGACAUGACAAGCUCAUCUGAAGUGGAGUCAGAUCCUCACGAUCGCCCCCUGGUGUCUGGCUGCAGUAUAGGAACAUAAGUCCCGCCCCCUCCAUGUUAGCAGAUUGGACAUGUGAUGUUUCUGUCAUGUGAGGUCGUUCUUAUCACACUGACUCAGGAUUGGUGGAGAGCGUGUGUGUGGGCGGGGCCCCGAUACCACGGAUCCACUCCAAGAUCACUACUGCACAGACUCUGCGUCCACGUGACGUCACCAGCACAAGAUAGCGGCGCCUGAAUCAGAGAGAUUUUAGCUUAAUUUUUUCUAUGUUGGAGGAUGAAGAGACGUGUCGUCCAUCUUUGAAUACAGUCACUGCUGUGGAGAGGGAAAAGGCUUUAAAUUACUAUUCUCACAGCUCCAAAAAGUUUAAACACUUUAUAACUAGUUGAAUCUGUACAUGUAGUUACAUCAAGCUGAGGACGGAACCAGGAACCUCCUGGAUACUAGACGAUAACUGUAUUUCUUGAGCACUCCCCCAGUUCCCCCUCAGAUUUUAGCUUAAUUGGCUAAACUACGAUCAAACACAUGCGAUAACGUGUAAACUAGUGAGCUCCAGACUGAGCCAGGGUGGUGUCGUCUAACUCUCAGCAAGGAAGCGGGAAGUAACAAACUAUUCCUUCGAAAAAGUCGAAAAAUGAAAAGAAAAAAUGAAAACAUGCCAUUUUUUGGGGCCAAAUUAAAGAAGAGAAACCGGUGAAUUGUCCGGCUGCUACAACACUGGUAGUGUACCACUGCAUCAAAGAUGGCCGCCAGUCAUUCUGGUUCCCACCUGGUCACGUUGACCAGCGUCUCUUCCGACCGGCAGCCGUGUUGGGUGUUUGAGUCGCACUGUAGCCGCGCUGCUCCGUGAUGAACUUCUUCUUUGUGCACAGUGUCGAUCGGCUCGGUGUGAAACUCUGUAAAUCCCAUGGAAGUGGCAUUUCAUCCAGGUUAUAGCUUCUGCUGUACAAUGCUUCUGCGCACAUCUAGGUGAUGCACCGUAACUGCUCUGAAGUGCAACGCGCCUGGAAGCACACCCAAAAAAAUGCACUGCUGCUGUUGUGAAAACUGAAAAAAAAAAUCAAUAAAAAGGUCUAUGGCAUCAUGAGGUUA